UUUCAUACUUAGAGGAAUCACUCAAAUUCCAAACAAGAAAAACCCAAGUCUCUAUGGCUUCCUCCGACAAAACCAUUUCUCCGACGGUAGUGAAACGAACUGCAAUCGAAGCGACUCCGGAGAGUUUCAAAGAAUUUGGUCAGGUGAUCGAGGUAUCUGGCGACGGUGAGGAGUUUGGGCCUAAGGAUGCGCAGUUAGACAUCAGUCGAGGCAUUCCAAGGUUCUACAUUAUGCGUCUUGAAACUCGGCCACUUACAUUUGAUUCGAUCACCCAUCAUGCAAAUGUCACUCAAUGCCUUGGUUCUGUUGGUGGCCAUGUUUGGUAUCUUGGUAUUGCUAAGGGUUCUAUUGUGGAUCCAGAAAAAAAGGUCCCUCAAGAAGACCAAGAAGUUGUGCACUCAAAAUGUGGCCAUUAUUAUGUGCCCCCUCAUCCUGAUGAUGUCCUUGUUUUCCGUAUUACGGGUCCCAAGUUUCUGAAGCUUAACAUCGGAACAUGGCAUGCGGGCCCUUUAUUCAAAUCAGAGACAAUGGAAUUCUACAAUUUGGAGCUCAGCAAUACCAAUGUGGUUGAUCAUACAAAGUAUUACUUCAAGGAUGGAGUCACCUUUGUGAUUGACGACUAGCUGCAUGGUUGUGUAGACACUAUACGGUCUGUUCUCACUAUUCUCUCUGUAUAAUACACAAUCUCAUUACAGUUUGAUGCUAAUAAUUUGGAAUAAGACAGAGCUAAAUGAAAGGGUAUUUUAUCUUCUGAGCCAA